CUGCUGCGCGAAGAUAUGAUGUCACUUCCUUGGGACCCUACAGAGAGGGAUAACAUGGCGAACAAACAACGUGGGGAAGGCACCUCUGUGGAGAAAAAGGCAGAAAAUAAAAAAGGUGCCGAUGAUUUCAACUUGGCGCUGGAUUCUAGCGACGAUGAGGCACCAGAAGAAGUAACGUUUGAGGACUCGAAGGCCCGGGCCGUGGAGAGCCUGAAGCUGGCGCUGGACACGGCCAGAAGAGAGAAGGAGCUGCUGAAGGAGAAAAGGAGGAAGAGACAAGAGUUUUUCCAGGAACAGAAGAAGAAGAAACUCCUCUCAGCCGACCUGUUGGAGGAAAUCGACUCGGUUCCUUCAAAGAAACAGAAACAGGCUGAGGAUAAAGAUGAAGAGGAAGAGAAGAGGAAGACAAAGAAACCCACAGGAGUCAGAAACCUGAAGGGGAGCUACACGGUUUCCACGGUGACGGAUCGAGGGCAGAGCGACUACCAGCGGCAGGCGGCGGAGGAUUUCAUCCAGUCCAGAUUGUACGGACCGGGAAGCUGCAGGAGCUCCAAUAACGAGAUGCUGUCCCUGCAGAACAAGACGAGGGCGGAUAAGAGUGCAGCCGUGCAGUUUGUUAAAAAGGACUGGGCCUGUAAGGAGAAAGCUAAAGCAGAGAAGCUGAAGAAGAGGUGGAUCCACAAGCAGCAGAUUCCCACCAGCUGACCGGAACAUCAGGAUUGAAACCGCAGUGACUCAUCCAACAUGGCUGCCAUGACUCAUCCAACAUGGCCGCCGUCAGAAAGCUGGAGGAAGAAUCUGCUGGAGCUUCUUCACCUGAACUGAAAGUUUCAGAAAAACAAACCUGGAUGGACUUUAAGCCUCGUUUCAGGACCGGAAGCUUCACAUGGAGAAAUGAUCUAAUGGUUCUGCUUAUGACAUGUAAAUAUUUUUUAACAAUAAAGGUGAACUUUAUACUUUAUAAAAAUUAAAGUUUUUAAUCCAUGGAAAAUAUUUAUUGUCCUUGCUGGUCAGUGCUUUACAUAUUCCUGCUGGUUCUAUAAACCAAAGUACUUAUUGCUUUAAAUCUUCCAGGGGUAUGAAUAAUUUUGAACUCAUCUGUUUUUUUCAUUCCAGCAUUGAUCCACACAAUUGAUGUUAGCGUGUCGCAAUAAUCAAUUAAUCACCUGAUAAAUUAAAAUGAUAAAUCAA